CGAGAGACGGCGUCGUGGAGCGGCAACGGCGCAAGAGGCCAACGGUUGGCCGCGUUGGACGCCGGCUCAUUAAUAUACCAGCGUAAAUACGAACGGCUUUACCGACGCUAGGAAUUAGUAGAGCCGCGGAACGGCACUAAGACAUCCUAGAGCUUGCGUGUGUCAAUCUCGAAGGGAGAGGCCGAAAGAGGCACCCAGCGUGGGGGCACCAGAUCGGAGGGGGGCUUAGGACUAGCAGGGACUAGUAGGCAAACAACGGCCCGACGUCGCUGACGUCAAGGUCCGUCCUCAAACCACACAAACCACAGUCGGGCUCACUCCGCAGCUGCCGCCAACCCAUAUCCGACCGAAACGCCGCCGAAGGCAAUAGGCAUCGACAGCCUCAACCAGUCCUCCAUCCUGUGGUCCAGUGCCUCCACCAAAACGCCGAUUCAUGCUGCGAUUCGCUAUCUCUGGGCACCAUCUCGCGGCGCUUUACGUGACGUCCCAACACCUCACCGCCCGGAAUCCAACCUCCCUGUCUCGUCCAGGAUAUCAGCCUGAGCCAGACGGGCCUGCGGCUCAUCGAGAAUAGGUUCGUCCCUGCCCAAGCAAGGUCCCGGCUGACCGGCAGGCGGGCGUCCAGGGGCCGCGACCAACGAGAACGGAGAGCGGUCGCAUGGAGGCAAUCUCCAAUGACUAGUGCUACUGCUCGAAUGGGCAUUCUUUUUUCGCCAUGCACCAUGCAGGAUGAGAUAUCGAUGCAGGACCCUCCACAGCACGCGCGGGUGACAAGAGGUUCCCCCCGGCUGCGAGCGCCGCUCGUGCGGGCUGCAACCGUCCGGCCGCUGUCAACAGUCUACCUGUCAACCGAGAAAAUUCGCGCACGCUCGUCGUGUAUAAAGCAUGCGGCUCCCGGUCCUGCCGUCGACAGGAAUACCUCGGCUCUUCACCUCCCUCCCACGCCUCGUCCUGGGUAGACAUCAGCACCUCGGGCCUUGUUCCAACCUCGACACGCCGACAGCUACGAGACAUCUCGCAGCCAGGCCAUAACAAGGUCGCCUCCGUGCCCGCGAAUAUGAAGCUUCUUGGCCUCGGUGUUCUGGGCGUCGCCCUCGCGGCGCCUGCUCCGCAGAUGCCUGCCAACUACGGCCAGAACCAGGGCCCCGUCGGCGGUAUCACCCCGCCCCUGCCCACCGUCAGCGAGCCCCGCGGCCAACUGCGCGGCGACCUCAGCCUACAGGGCGGCAUCGCCCCCCGGCCCAAGGUCCACGGCGGCGACUCGGCCGUCGUCCCGGACGUGCAGAAGGUGGCUGGGCAGGAUGCCGACCCCAAGCUGGGCGUCUUCCUGGACUUCAACAGCGUCGAGAAGCCCGAGCCCUUCAGGGGCGAGCGGGGCGCCACCGAUCCCGGGCCGCGUACCUACGAGUACGAGAGGCUCAACCCGGACCUCUUCGCGCCCCCGACCUCGGACAAGGGCGACGUGCUGCCCGUGGCCAAGAAGAUGGCCGGCGUCGACAUGCGCCUCUCUCCCUGGGCGUACCGUGAGCUUCACUGGCACACCUCGGCCGAGUGGGCCCUGGUCCUCAAGGGCAGCGUCCGCGUGGCGGCCAUGAACGAGGACGGCGAGAGCUUCCUCGACGACGUGACGGCCGGCGACGUCUGGUACUUCCCGCCCGGCAUCCCGCACAGCCUGCAGGCGCUGGGCGAGGGCACCGAGUUCCUGCUCGUCUUCGACGACGGCGCCUUCUCCGAGGACGAGACCUUCCUGGCCACCGAGACCUUUAUGCGCAACCCGGAGUCGGUGCUGGCCAAGAACUUUGAGGGGCUGGACCUGACGGCGCUCAGGAACAUACCCAGGGAGGAGCUCUUCAUCUUCAACGGCAGCCCUGCCGACGAGGACAUCUCCAAGGACAACAUCACGGGCAGCGCCGGCGCCAUCAAAUCGCCCAACGCCUACACGUACCACUGGUCGCAGCAGAAGCCGUUCGAGACCCCAGGAGGCAGCGUCAAGAUCCUCGACCCCAUCACCUUCCCCGUCGCGCCCAUGUUCUCGGCCGCGCUCGUCACCGUCCAGCCGGGCGCCAUGCGCGAGCUGCACUGGCACACCACGUCGGACGAGUGGAACUUCUUCCUGCAGGGGUCGGCGCGCAUGACCGUCUUCAAGGCGCCCUCGUCCUCGCGCACCUUUGACUACACGGCCGGCAACGUCGGCUACAUCGAGGCGGCCGAGUGCCACUACAUCGAGAACACGGGCACCGAGGACGUCAUCUUCCUCGAGGUGCUGCAGGCGCCCAAGUUCAGCGACAUCAGCGUCAGCCAGUGGCUCGCCCUGACGCCCUGCCAGGUCGUCAAGGACACCCUCAGCUUCCUGCCCGACGCCAUCCUGGACAAGCUGCCCAAGGAUAAGACCCUGAUCAAGGUCGGCAACAAGAACAUGACGGCCAUUGCCGACGGUGGCAAGUCAUAAGUGUGAGGAGAGCUAGGAUGUGAUGUCCAAGUGGAGCAUGGGCUACCUGGGAAAAAACACCCCCGGCCGGAGCAGAGCACCCUGCCACGGUGCGCGAAUGGCUUGCUUCUAGAGCCGGCCACAAGCAGAAUAGAGUACAAUGAUAAUGACAAUGAUAGACGCCUCCCUUUUUCCA